ACAGACUCCGGCGGCGGCGAAGGAAGCGGCACGUGCGGCGCUCUACGGUGGCCGAGGGGCUGCGGGGGCUGUGCGCCUCCUCGGGAAGGAGCAGCGACGGUGGUUCCUGUAGCUGGAGCCCCGCAGGGCACCUGGGCAGCCGGCACAAUGGUGAAAGAGCAGUUCCGCGAGACGGAUGUGGCCAAGAAAAUGAACAGUCACCACUCCACAGGACAUUGGUUCCAACCACUGCCACCGCCACCACUCCUACAAACAGAUACUAAACGACAGAUACGAAAUGUAUUAACAGAUGUUAACACAGAGUGGCACGACAUCUCUAGAUAAACCAUUUGCCAUAAGCCAUAUCUGUUUUGGAAUGAAGUCCCCUGAGGAGAUGCGCCAGCAGGCACAUAUUCAGGUUGUCAGUAAGAACCUGUACAGCCAAGACAACAACCAUGCCCCCUUGUUGUAUGGAGUGCUUGACCAUAGGAUGGGUACAAGUGAAAAGGACCGUCCUUGUGAAACCUGUGGGAAGAACUUGGCAGACUGUCUGGGCCACUAUGGGUACAUUGAUCUUGAGUUGCCGUGCUUUCAUGUGGGGUACUUCAGAGCUGUCAUUGGCAUCUUACAGAUGAUCUGCAAAACCUGUUGCCACAUUAUGCUGUCCCAGGAAGAGAAGCAGCAGUUUCUAGAUUUCCUCAAGAGGCCUGGCCUGACUUACCUGCAGAAGCGAGGCCUGAAGAAGAAGAUCUCAGAUAAGUGCCGGAAGAAAAGCACUUGUCACUACUGUGGUGCCUUUAAUGGUACCGUAAAAAAAUGUGGCUUACUGAAGAUAAUUCAUGAAAAAUACAAGACCAACAAAAAAGUGGUGGAUCCCAUUGUAUCAAACUUCCUGCAGUCAUUUGAGACAGCCAUUGAGCACAACAAAGAGGUUGAGCCACUGCUGGGAAGGGCACAGGAGAACUUGAAUCCCUUAGUAGUUCUGAACUUGUUUAAGCGCAUCCCAGCUGAAGAUGUCCCUUUACUUCUGAUGAACCCAGAAGCUGGAAAGCCCUCUGAUUUGAUUCUCACCCGACUUUUGGUGCCUCCUUUGUGUAUCAGACCUUCUGUUGUGAGUGAUUUGAAGUCUGGAACCAAUGAAGAUGAUCUGACAAUGAAACUGACAGAGAUCAUUUUCCUAAAUGAUGUUAUUAAAAAGCAUCGGAUCUCGGGAGCCAAGACACAGAUGAUCAUGGAAGACUGGGAUUUCCUGCAGCUGCAGUGUGCCCUCUACAUCAACAGUGAACUCUCUGGCAUUCCUCUUAACAUGGCUCCCAAGAAGUGGACACGAGGCUUUGUCCAGCGCCUGAAGGGGAAGCAGGGUCGAUUUAGAGGUAAUCUAUCAGGGAAGAGGGUGGAUUUUUCUGGCCGAACAGUCAUCUCGCCUGACCCCAACCUCCGGAUUGAUGAAGUAGCCGUGCCAGUUCAUGUGGCCAAAAUUCUAACUUUUCCUGAGAAGGUGAACAAAGCAAACAUCAAUUUUUUGAGGAAACUGGUUCGAAAUGGCCCUGAUGUUCACCCAGGAGCCAAUUUCAUCCAGCAGAGGCACAUGCAGAUGAAAAGGUUCCUGAAGUAUGGAAACCGGGAAAAGAUGGCUCAGGAGCUCAAGUUCGGCGACAUUGUAGAGAGACACCUGAUAGAUGGAGAUGUGGUAUUGUUCAACCGGCAGCCCUCGCUGCACAAACUGAGCAUCAUGGCCCAUCUGGCCAGAGUCAAGCCCCACCGGACCUUUAGAUUCAAUGAGUGUGUCUGCACCCCCUACAAUGCUGACUUUGACGGGGAUGAAAUGAACCUUCAUCUUCCCCAGACAGAGGAAGCCAAAGCAGAGGCCCUUGUUCUUAUGGGGACCAAAGCGAACCUUGUAACCCCAAGAAAUGGAGAGCCACUCAUUGCUGCCAUUCAGGACUUCUUAACAGGUGCCUACCUCCUCACACUCAAGGACACUUUCUUUGAUCGAUCCAAGGCUUGUCAAAUCAUUGCUUCAAUACUGGUUGGCAAAGAUGAAAAAAUUAAAGUGCGCCUCCCACCCCCUACAAUACUAAAGCCUGUCACUUUGUGGACUGGAAAGCAGAUCUUCAGUGUCAUCCUCAGACCUAGUGAUGACAAUCCAGUGAGGGCCAACCUUCGAACCAAGGGCAAACAGUACUGUGGCAAGGGGGAAGACCUCUGCACCAACGAUUCCUAUGUUACCAUCCAGAAUAGCGAGUUGAUGAGUGGAAGCAUGGACAAAGGAACCCUUGGGUCAGGAUCCAAGAACAACAUCUUCUACAUCUUGCUGCGGGACUGGGGGCAGAACGAGGCUGCCGAUGCCAUGUCUCGGCUUGCCAGGCUGGCUCCAGUCUACCUGUCUAACCGUGGGUUCUCAAUUGGGAUCGGUGACGUCACACCAGGCCAGGGACUGCUGAAGGCCAAGUAUGAGCUACUAAAUGCUGGCUACAAGAAAUGUGAUGAAUACAUUGAAGCCCUGAACACAGGCAAGCUGCAGCAGCAGCCAGGCUGCACUGCCGAGGAGACGCUAGAGGCCCUGAUCCUGAAGGAGCUGUCUGUGAUCCGGGACCAUGCUGGCAGUGCCUGCCUCCGAGAGCUGGACAAGAGCAACAGCCCCCUCACCAUGGCCCUGUGUGGCUCCAAAGGUUCCUUCAUUAACAUAUCACAGAUGAUUGCCUGUGUGGGACAGCAAGCUAUCAGUGGUUCCAGGGUGCCAGAUGGCUUUGAAAACAGAUCUUUGCCUCACUUUGAGAAGCAUUCAAAGCUCCCUGCUGCCAAAGGCUUUGUGGCCAAUAGCUUUUACUCUGGUUUAACGCCUACUGAGUUUUUCUUCCAUACGAUGGCCGGUCGGGAGGGUCUGGUGGACACAGCUGUAAAGACUGCUGAAACAGGAUACAUGCAGAGACGACUGGUCAAAUCCCUGGAAGACCUCUGCUCCCAGUACGAUCUGACAGUGCGGAGCUCCACCGGUGACAUUAUCCAGUUCAUCUAUGGAGGAGACGGCUUAGAUCCUGCCGCCAUGGAGGGCAAAGAUGAGCCGCUGGAGUUUAAAAGGGUUCUGGACAACAUCAAAGCAGUGUUUCCAUGCCAGAGUGAACCUGCACUCAGUAAGAACGAGCUCAUCUUGACCACGGAGGCCAUCAUGAAGAAGAGUGAGUUUCUCUGCUGCCAAGAGAGCUUCCGUCAGGAAAUAAAAACAUUCAUUAAAGGGGUGUCUGAGAAGAUCAAGAAAACCAGAGAUAAAUAUGGCAUCAAUGAUAAUGGCACAACAGAGCCUCGUGUGCUGUACCAGUUGGACCGGAUCACCCCCACCCAAAUAGAGAAGUUUCUGGAGACCUGUAGGGAUAAGUACAUGAGGGCACAGAUGGAGCCAGGCUCUGCAGUGGGCGCACUCUGUGCACAGAGCAUUGGUGAGCCAGGCACCCAGAUGACCCUGAAGACUUUCCACUUUGCAGGGGUAGCCUCCAUGAACAUCACCCUGGGUGUGCCUCGAAUCAAAGAGAUCAUCAAUGCUUCCAAGGCCAUCAGCACUCCAAUUAUUACAGCACAGCUAGACAAAGAUAAUGAUGCAGAUUACGCACGCCUGGUGAAGGGUAGAAUUGAGAAAACCCUCUUGGGGGAGAUCUCAGAAUAUAUUGAGGAAGUGUUUCUUCCUGAUGACUGCUUUAUUCUUGUCAAGCUCUCCCUGGAACGGAUUCGACUUCUGAGACUGGAGGUGAAUGCCGAGACAGUGCGGUACUCCAUCUGUACAUCCAAGCUCAGAGUGAAGCCUGGAGAUGUGGCUGUCCAUGGGGAGGCUGUGGUGUGCGUCACCCCCAGGGAGAACAGCAAGAGUUCCAUGUAUUAUGUGCUGCAGUUUCUGAAGGAGGAUCUACCCAAGGUGGUAGUACAGGGCAUCCCAGAGGUAUCCAGAGCUGUCAUCCAUAUUGACGAGCAGAGUGGGAAGGAGAAGUUCAAGCUUCUAGUAGAAGGUGACAACCUGCGGGCUGUCAUGGCCACCCAUGGUGUGAAAGGCACCCAGACCACUUCCAAUAAUACCUAUGAGGUGGAGAAAACGCUGGGCAUUGAGGCUGCCCGGACAACUAUUAUCAACGAGAUCCAGUACACGAUGGUCAACCAUGGCAUGAGCAUCGACAGGAGGCACGUGAUGCUGCUCUCUGACCUGAUGACCUACAAGGGUGAAGUCCUGGGUAUCACCAGGUUUGGCCUAGCCAAGAUGAAGGAGAGUGUGUUGAUGCUGGCCUCCUUUGAGAAGACAGCUGACCAUCUCUUUGAUGCUGCCUACUUUGGGCAGAAAGAUUCUGUAUGUGGUGUGUCUGAGUGUAUCAUCAUGGGAAUCCCAAUGAAUAUUGGAACUGGGCUCUUCAAGUUGUUGCACAAAGCCAACAGGGACCCAAAACCGCCCAGGAGGCCCCUGAUCUUCGACACACAUGAAUUCCACAUUCCUCUUGUCUCAUAGUUUUAUGACAGGAGGUCACCACUCCUGACCACCUUGUCCUGUCUGCUGCUGAAUGGAAGAACCUUGUGUCACUAGAAGAGAUGCCUGCAUGACUUUCCCAUGUCAGACAUGGUCCAUGGCCUCAACAGGAGCUCUUUGGAUGGAGAACUUUUUUGAGUCUGCUUGUUAAGUGAACUGAGGGGGCCAUUGCACCUCAGUCUGUCACUGCAGAUAAUUAAUGCUAAAGUGUGCCCACACCUGCCUAUUAACCAGGUCUAGGUAAACACAGGCCAGGAUGCAGUCCUGGUUUCCUGCUCCUCGGUUAUGUUGUAUUAUCCACUGAUGUACUCAUGUAAAUACAUUACUGUUAUUUAUUUGUUCUGUUUGAGAGAUA